AUGGCUACCCCUAGUGUCCUAGCUUUUGACGCUGAGGGUCGCGCCAUUGAUUUUGAGGUCUGGUUAGACGACCUGCAGCUGUUCUUACAGUGCGACAGAGCAGACGGCCUUUCUCUCUUUGACCUCACCUCUGGCGCCUCUCCUGCUCCUGCUGCUGAUGCUGAUCCCACUGUCCGCUCUCAGUGGGCCACCCGCGAUGCUGCUGCACGUCUUGCUGUGCGUCGCCACCUCCCUACCUCUGAGCGUGCGCACUUUAGUCAGUACAAGAGUGCUCAGACCUUGUACGACGCUGUAGUUGCGCGCUACUCCUCCCCUGCCACUGCUGCACUGAGCCGUCUCAUGCUUCCCUACCUCUUUCCUGACCUCUCUGCCUUUCCCACUGUCGCUGACCUCAUUACGCACCUCCGCACUAGUGACACUCGCUACCGCGCCGCCCUUCAUGCUGAGGACCACUUUCUCGCAGUCUGUCCCACCACCCUCACCGUCGACCUCCUCGAGAAGGCCCUCCUCGCAGCGGAGAAGAGCAUAGUCGCUGUAGGUGCUUCUCGUGGUGACCCUCGCACCCCCAUCUUUGAGGGGUGCUCUCCUUCCCCCUUGCUGCCCUCUGUUGCCUCUGCUGCUGCUGCCGACCUGCUUGGUCUUGAGUCGGUCGGCGCGGCGUCUGCCCCUAGUGGGAGACGUCGCUCUAGCAAGGGCAAGGGGGGCAAGGGCGCGGGUGGAGCUGGAGGGGGCGGUGGCGGUGGCGGCGGAGGCGGCGGAGGGAGUGGGGGUGGCGGCGGGAGUAGUGGCGGGGGUGGUGGUGGUGGUGGCAGCAGCGGCGGAGACGGUGGUGGUGGUGGCAGCGGUGGUGGAGGUGGCAGCGGCGGAGGUGGAGGCGGCGGAGGUGGAGGCGGUGGAGGCGGCAGCGGAGGAGGCGGUGGUGGUGGAGGGGGCGGAGCUGGUCGGGGUGGUACCCAGCAGCGUAGCGGCGGUGGUGGUGGCCAGCGCUCGCAGCGGCAGCAGCAGCAGCGCUCGCGGGACAUCCCUCCGCCUCAGCAGCUUCGUGAGUGGUACACUGGGCGUCAGAGGGGUGGGGGUACUGGUCCCUACACCUACGUUCUUCGUUCCGGCGACCGCGCGGGUGAGCAGUGUGGGGGUGCCCACUCCACUCAGCGCUGCUUUGGCCGCCUGCAGACGCUUGGCGUCAGCAGUUCCCCGGGGCUAGUGAGAUCCCUCGCUGGGAUGAGCUUCUUAGGGCUGGUGUAG